UUUUUUUUUCAUUUUAUUAAUUUCUAAUAGGAAAAGAAAUGCUACCUUGAUUCUUCUUUCCUUUCUCUAAAUGAUUUAGAGAAGCUUGGCAGGGUUAGAUGAGACAAGUGAAGAUAGUGAAGACGAAUAUAUUCCAGAAACCUGUGGAGAAAGCUCAGACAGUGAAGCCAGCAUGGAAUUGUCUAUGGAAAAAGGUCCGAAAACAGUGUCAUUCAGUCGAAACAGAAGCAAGUUUCGGAGGCAAGGCAAGGGUGAGUCCAGUCAGAGUACAAGCUUUGAAAGUCAUGAUUCCAGAUCCACUACAUGUAUAGAUGAAAGGGCACCCCUGGAGGAAGCAUCUGUUUAUGUUGUUCCUGUUUUGAAGAAGGAAGAUGGAUCCAGCAGAUAUAACAAGAAGCACCACUGUGUGUAUUGUGGUUUACUUGUUCAAAAAAUGUCAAGACAUCUGCUGCGCAAACACAUGGAUAAAGUAGAGGUUGCAAAAGCUUAUAGUUUUCCAAAAAAAUCUAAACAAAGACGACAGCAGUUGGAUUAUAUACGAAAUAAGGGAAACUUUGAGCACAACAAUGAAGCUUUGGAAAGUAACCAAGGCAAGCUCAUUGCAUGGAAACAACCAAAGAAGAAAACAGAAGUAGAAACAUUCAAACAUUGUUUGUACUGCUUUGGGCUGUUCAAAAAAAGACCAUGUGGCGACAUUUCCAGACCUGCAAAUUCAAGCCUCAAGAUCAGUCUUCCAAAAAGGGGAAAACAAGAGUUCAAGCAUUGUGUGCAUUUGCUGAACCAGUUCCACCAGAGUUCAGUGAAUCAUACUGGAAGUUUCUAAGUGAGAUGCAUCAAGAUGAGAUUACAGUUUCAUGUAAGAGUGAUCAUUACAUACUGGAGUUUGGAUACAGAUUGUUCUACAAGAAUGAGAAGGUAGUCAGCCAGCUCCCGUACAUCCGUCAAAAGCUAAGAGAGCUUGGCAGACUGCUACUUGAAGCAAGAAAUGCUGCUCCUGUGAAGAGUCUUAAAGAUCUCAUAAAGCCUGAAAAGUAUGUUGAACUGGGUUCAAUGAAGAAAGUGGCAAAUUUCAACGACCAUCUCUUGCUAGAAAGAUUGGUCAUAACAUGCAUUCUUUAGCUAUGUUUAUUAAGACCGAAGGACUGAAGAUGAAGGAUAAGGAAACUGUCCAAAAUGCAGAGGAGUUUGCACAACUAUAUCAAGAAAGUUGGAAAUAUGACAUUGCAAGCCAAGCUUUAACUCAGAUUGAACAGAAAAAGUGGAAUGCACCUCUACUAUUACCUUUCACACAGGAUAUCCAGAUUCUUCACAACCAUUUGUCAGUGAAACAGGAGGAAUGUUUUCAUGCCUUGAAAGAAGAGGCCUCACAGUCCAGCUGGAAGGAUCUUGGCAACGUGACUCUGGCACAAGUAAUCCUUUUCAACCGCCGGCGAGCAGGGGAGGUUUCCAGGAUGCAUUUGUCAGUUUACUUAUCAAAGGACACAUCAGAAACACAUGAGGAUGUUAACCUGGCCCUCACAGCACUUGAACAAAAGCUUUGCAAGUAUGUAGUCCGGAUAACUAUUGUGGGAAAGAGAGGAAGAAAAGUUCCUGUUCUACUGAGUCCGUCGAUGAAGGAAUCCCUCGAUGCUCUUACUGAAAAGCGGGAAGAAUGUGGAGUCCUGAAAGAAAAUCAAUACCUGUUUGCAUUGCCGAAUUCUGUCCAUUACCUCAGGGGUUCGGAUUGUAUAAGGCAGUUUGUGAGUGAAUGCAGUGGUCUCAAAAACCCUACGGCACUCACCUCAACAAAGCUCAGGAAGCACAUUGCUACAAUGUCAACUGUUUUGAACCUCAAGACCACAGAACUUGACCAGUUGGCAGAUUUUCUUGGGCAUAACGUUGCAGUUCACAGAAAGCACUAUCGCCUUCCAGCGGGUACCACGCAGUUAGCAAAAAUCAGCAAAGUUCUCCUUGCAUUGGAACAAGGACGUCUAGGAGAGUAUAAAGGGAAGAGUCUGGAUGAAAUCCACCUUGAUGUCAACGGUAUUAACAUUUAACACUUUAAUUCAAGGAAAAUUGAAGCUACUAACCUUCGUAUUUAAGAAUAGAUUUAUGAAAUUGUGACAUUUAUGUAGGAGAGUAUGUUUUAUUAAGGAUGAACAAACAGUAUAUUAGUUGAAAAUAGUAUUGUUUAGGCUUUACAUAAAAAUGUUUGCUUUAACUGAUUUGGUUUGAGGCAAAAAAAAAAGAAAAGAUGCUUUUUCAGUACUUUUUAUGGUUUCCUACAUUUUGUGGAAUUGGUUGAGUGUUUUAUUUGUUCUAUUAAGCAAAUCUCUUCAAAUUUAUCUCAUUACCAUUUAAGAGAGUUGACACGGAUGGGACUUCGGAAGAGAAAGAUGAUAUGCCUGAGGGGGCAGAGGAUGGCAUCAUAUUAUCCCCACAAGAAGAAGAGGAGAUGCCAGAAGCUUCUGAGGAGACACCUUGUACUCCCACGUCCAGUCGUUCAACUCAG